GCCCCGCACGGAGGAGGAGAAUCUGGCGAGCGCCUCCUUCCCUCCCUGCCGAGCGCGGCGCACACGGAGCAUGGAGCCUGCCUGAGCCACUCCGCGGGCAGCUGCUGCUGCGGCACAACAUGGAGGCGGCAGUGCCUCCGCCGCGGCUGCUGCUCCUGUUCCUGCUCGCCGUCGCCUGGGUGCUUCGGUGCAACUUAGGCUCAGUCGCCGCUUCUCCCCUCUUGCUGUUUGCUAACCGAAGAGAUGUUAGACUGGUGGAUGCUGGAGGAGUGAAGAUGGAGUCAACAGUUGUAGUCAGUGGCUUAGAAGAUGCUGCUGCAGUUGACUUCCUGUAUUCACAGGGUGUCGUUUACUGGACAGAUGUGAGUGAAGAAGCCAUCAAGCAGACUUACUUUAACCAAACUGGGAAUGUGGCACAGAACAUCAUUGUUUCAGGUCUAGUUUCUCCAGAUGGUUUGGCAUGCGACUGGAUUGGGAAAAAACUGUACUGGACAGACUCUGAAACAAAUCGAAUAGAAGUUGCUAAUCUCAAUGGAACAUCUAGGAAGGUUCUCUUUUGGCAAGACCUUGACCAGCCUCGAGCAAUAGCCCUGGAUCCAGCGCAUGGGUAUAUGUAUUGGACAGACUGGGGGGAGACUCCUAGAAUAGAAAGAGCUGGAAUGGACAGCAGUGUUCGGAAAAUAAUUGUGGAUUCUGACAUAUAUUGGCCUAAUGGACUCACCAUAGAUCUUGAGGAACAAAAGCUUUACUGGGCUGAUGCAAAGCUGAGUUUCAUUCACAGAGCAAAUCUGGAUGGCUCCUUCAGGGAAAAGGUGGUGGAAGGUAGUCUCACUCAUCCAUUUGCCCUAACACUGGCUGGAGAUACUCUGUACUGGACAGACUGGCAGACUCGCUCCAUUCAUGCCUGCAACAAACGGACUGGAGAGAAAAGAAGGGAAAUACUGAGUGCGUUGUACUCACCAAUGGACAUCCAGGUUUUGAGUUCCGAGAGGCAACCAUAUUUUCAUACACCCUGUGAGGAUAACAACGGUGGCUGCUCCCAUUUGUGCCUGUUGUCGCCAAGAGAUCCAUUUUACAGCUGCAACUGUCCCACUGGAGUCCAACUUGAAGAAGAUGGCAGGACCUGCAAAGCAGGUGCUGAAGAAGUGCUUUUGCUUGCUAGAAGAACAGAUUUACGAAGGAUUUCAUUGGACAUGCCAGACUUCACUGAUAUUAUUCUGCAGAUAGACAAUAUUAGGCAUGCUAUUGCAAUAGACUAUGAUCCUGUGGAAGGAUAUAUAUACUGGACUGAUGAUGAUGUCAGAGCCAUUCGUCGGGCUUUCCUUGAUGGAUCUGAAGCCCAAACACUUGUAACUACAGAAAUCAAUCAUCCUGAUGGUAUAGCUGUAGACUGGGUGGCAAGAAACCUAUACUGGACUGACACUGGUACUGAUCGCAUUGAAGUUACACGAUUAAAUGGGACGUCGAGAAAGAUCCUUAUAUCAGAAAAUCUAGAUGAACCUAGAGCAAUAGUGCUCAAUCCUGUGAUGGGCUAUAUGUAUUGGACAGACUGGGGUGAAAAUCCAAAGAUCGAGUGUGCUUAUUUGGAUGGAUCUGAGAGGAAAGUCUUGGUGAAUAGCUCUCUAGGGUGGCCUAAUGGUUUGGCAUUGGAUCUUGAAGAAAACAAACUGUAUUGGGGAGAUGCAAAGACUGACAAAAUUGAGGUCAUAAACAUGGAUGGAACCAUGAGAAGAACUCUCAUAGAAGAUAAACUACCACAUAUAUUUGGGUUUACUUUGCUGGGCGACUACAUCUACUGGACAGACUGGCAAAGGCGAAGCAUUGAAAGAGUUCAUAAAAUAAGAGCAAGUAGGGACAUUAUAAUUGAUCAGUUGCCAGAUCUGAUGGGUCUCAAAGCAGCAAGGGUAACCAAAGCUGUUGGAACAAAUCAAUGUGCUGAGAAUAAUGGAGGCUGCAGCCACCUAUGCUUCUUCACGCCUCAAGAGUGCAGAUGUGCCUGUCCCAUCGGACUGGAGUUACUCAGUGAUAUGAAGACUUGCAUCAUUCCAGAAGCCUUUCUUGUCUUCACCAGCAGAGCAGCCAUUCAUAGGAUUUCCCUUGAAACAAACAAUAAUAAUGUAGCUAUUCCUCUUACGGGUGUCAAGGAGGCUUCUGCUCUAGAUUUUGAUGUAUCUGACAACAGAAUCUAUUGGACAGAUGUUAGUUUAAAGACAAUAAGUCGAGCUUUCAUGAAUGGAAGCACAGUUGAACAUGUGAUUGAGUUUGGUUUGGAUUACCCUGAAGGGAUGGCUGUAGACUGGAUGGGAAAAAAUCUUUAUUGGGCAGAUACUGGAACCAAUAGAAUUGAAGUGGCACGUUUGGAUGGUCAGUUCCGGCAAGUUCUUGUGUGGAAAGAUUUGGACAACCCGAGGUCUCUAGCUCUUGACCCAUCUAAAGGGUACAUGUACUGGACAGAGUGGGGAGGCAAACCAAAGAUUGUUCGGGCAUACAUGGAUGGAACAAAUAGCAUCACACUAGUGGAUAAAGUAGGACGUGCCAAUGAUCUUACUAUUGAUUAUGAAGAUCAAAGACUCUACUGGACUGACCUGGACACAACCAUGAUUGAGUCAUCAAAUAUGCUAGGACAAGAGAGAGAAAUAAUAGCAGAUGAUCUACCUCAUCCUUUUGGACUAACUCAAUACAGUGACUUCAUCUAUUGGGCAGAUUGGAACCUUCACAGUAUACAAAGAGCUGACAAGACAAAUGGGAGAAACCGGACACUAAUUCAGGGGCGUCUAGAUUUAGUGAUGGAUAUAUUGGUUUUCCAUUCCUCACGACAGGAUGGCUUCAAUGACUGCGUGCAAAACAAUGGGUACUGUGGACAGUUGUGCCUGGCCAUACCAAAUGGCUACAGAUGUGGCUGUGCCUCUCACUAUACCUUGGAUCCCAACAGUCGGAACUGCAGUUCACCCAGCAGCUUCUUACUGUUUAGUCAGAAGUCUGCAAUUAGCCGGAUGAUACCAGAUGACCAGCAAAGUCCAGAUAUCAUACUACCCAUUCAUGGUCUAAGAAAUGUCAAAGCUAUUGAUUAUGAUCCCCUGGAUAAAUUGAUUUAUUGGGUAGAUGGACGUCAGAAUAUUAUUAAAAGAGCCAAAGAUGAUGGCUCUCAGCCUUUUACAGUCAUGAGUACACCCAACCAAAGCCAAAUUCCAGAAAAGCAGCCACAUGACCUGAGUAUUGAUAUUUUCAGCCACACUUUGUACUGGACCUGUGAAGGCACCAAUACAGUCAAUGUCCAUAGACUUAAUGGGGAGCAGAUUGGGGUGGUGUUACGGGGAGACCAUGACAAGCCAAGAGCCAUAGUAGUGAAUGCUGAGCGAGGGUAUAUGUAUUUCACCAAUAUGCAAGAACGAGCCCCAAAGAUUGAGCGUGCAGCCCUGGAUGGUACAGAACGGGAGGUGCUCUUCACUACAGGCUUGCUCCGACCUGUGGCUCUAGUGAUUGACAACAAGCUGGGGAAACUCUUCUGGGUGGAUGCUGAUCUCAAACGAAUUGAAAGCUGUGAUUUAUCAGGAGCUAACCGUGUGACUUUACAAGAUUCCAACAUUUUGCAGCCUAUGGGGCUGACUGUGUUAGGAAAUCAUUUGUACUGGAUUGACCGUCAGCAGCAGAUGAUAGAGAGAGUUGAGAAAACCAACGGAUACAAGAGGACCAGAAUACAGGGUCGAAUUGGUCACCUAACAGGCAUUCAUGCAGUGGAAGACAUUGACAUGAGGGAAUUCUCUGCACACCCAUGUUCCCGGGACAAUGGUGGAUGUUCACACAUCUGUAUAGCAAAGGGAGAUGGUACUCCAAGGUGCUCUUGCCCAGUUCACUUGGUACUUCUACAGAACCUCUUGACCUGUGGAGAGCCUCCAACAUGUUCUCCAGACCAGUUCACGUGUGCAACUGGGGAGAUAGACUGCAUCCCUAUGGCAUGGCGAUGUGAUGGAUUUUCUGAAUGUGACGAUCAAAGCGAUGAAGAUAACUGUCCAAUAUGUUCAGUAGCCCAGUUUCAGUGUGAGAAAGGACAAUGUAUUGAUGCACGUUUAAGAUGUAAUGGAGAAAUUGACUGCCAGGAUAAAUCUGAUGAAGCUGAUUGCAAUAUGAUUUGUCUCCCAAAUCAAUUUCGUUGUGCCAGUGGUCAGUGUAUCCUCAUAAAACAGCAAUGUGAUUCUUUCCAAGACUGCAUUGAUGGCUCUGAUGAAAUUGAAUGUACAAAAAGUAAAUCAUCCUCAGAUGAAUCUCCACCCCAUAGUAGUGCUAUUGGCCCUGUCAUCGGUAUUAUUCUUUCUCUUUUUGUCAUGGGAGGAAUGUAUUUUGUUUGCCAACGAGUUGUAUGUCAGCGUUAUGCUGGGCCCAAUGGACCUUUUCCACAUGAAUACGUCAGUGGUACGCCUCACGUCCCCUUAAAUUUCAUUGCUCCAGGAAGUUCUCAACAUGGCACUUUUACCGGUAAGGAUGGCAUCUCUUGUGGAAAAUCUAUGAUUAGUUCCAUGAGCCUCAUGGGAGGAAGUAGUGGUGCCCCUCUUUAUGAUCGAAACCAUGUAACUGGGGCCUCUUCUAGUAGCUCAUCCAGCACUAAAGCCACCUUCUACCCACAGAUUCUGAACCCACCACCUUCACCAGCCACUGAUCGCUCCCUAUACAACACAGAAAUGUUCUAUUCCUCAAACAUUCCUUCAACAACAAGAUCUUACAGGCCUUAUCUUAUAAGAGGGAUAGCUCCACCAACUACCCCUUGCAGCACAGAUGUAUGUGACAGUGACUACACUACAAGCCGAUGGAAAGCCAAUAAAUACUACAUAGAUCUAAAUUCAGACUCAGACCCAUAUCCCCCUCCUCCUACUCCCCGCAGCCAGUACAUGUCAGCAGAAGAGAGCUGUCCACCAUCUCCUGCCACAGAGCGAAGUUACUUCCACCUCUAUCCCCCUCCACCAUCACCGUGUACAGACUCUUCAUGAUUUCAAUAGAAGGAACUUGUUUUACCCCUGUAAAUAUAUUUUAAAUAUGAACAAAGAUUUUUAAAAUAUAUAUAUAUAUAUAUUAUGAUCUAAAAAUGGGGUGGGAACUGAAAAAAUGUGAAUAAAAAUGGGGCGGGGGUCAGGGCUGUGAAAAAUGUACAGUGGAAGAAUAUUUAUAAACUGUGGGGGUUUUUUAACUUAAUAUCCAUUCUUUUGUGCCAUAUUUGCCUUUGCAUCGAAGUCACAAAAUUAAAUUGACCUCCAAAGGAGGUGGAGAAUAAGGAGAGAGCUUUUUGAAAUCACCAUUUUAAUUUUAGUACAGGGGAAUGUGCUGAGUUUCUUCUUCCUUUCUAUUUUUUUAAGUAACAAAAAGAGGAGUAGGAAAUACUUUGUGAAUGAAUAGCAAAGUUGUUUGAAACACACAUGGGAAAUUCAAAAUGGUUUUGUUUUAAAGGAUACUUGAUCAUAGGUAAUGAACCACAAAAAUGCACUUGUCUCUUGGAAUGUUGAAUGCAAAAAGAGGCCCCUUCUGUUUUUAUUCCAUCAUUCACUUUCCAGAAGAAUUGUUGCAUGAAGAAAUGUGGAAUUUUGAAUCUUGCACUCACCCUCUUCACCACAAACCACUCUCACUAGGAUGAAUAAGCAUGCAACCCUUUAUAUACCUCCUUGUCCAACAAACUCUUUUCAGAAUUCUGAAACACCAAGCAUAACUUUUAUUUUGGAAACUGAGUUUCUCUUUCUUCAGAAGGCAUAAUUUCAGCUUAGCAAUUGUCAGGAGGCAUAUGGCCAUGAAUCAAGUGGUAGAAAUAGAAAACUGGGAAAGAGAUACCACUACCAGUUGUCUUGCUCUUUUGAAAGCAAACCAUUUUUUAUAGCCCAGAGAUGUAUAACCUACUGCCUUGGACAUGUUGUCUUAUUUGACUCAAAUAUUCUUGUAUAGAAAUUUUUCAAAAAUUAGGAUUGUGAUGUUUGAUAAAUUAAUCAUUUUAAAAUGUUUUAAUUUAAAUGGUAUUCAUGAUUCAUUGUGCAGCUGAUUUUCAAGUACUUUCUUAGAAGAAGCAUUCGUCAUAUCGCACACCAGGAGGGAAUGCCUCUUCAGAGAGUGUGCCUCUUUUGACAUUUGCAUGCAUCAUCUAAAAAUGGAGAGAAUGCUGUUUUCCUUCAGAAAGAACUAUGCUAUUGAUAUGCAGAUUUUAUGCUGAUUUAAUUGAUCAUAUUCAUUUUAACUGAUUCAUUGACUACGGUUUCUUAAAGUGGCAGUUCUAGCCGUUUUUUAGUGCUCAGGACUACAGUGCAGAUGUCCAGUGUGUGCCUGGAAUAUGCUAUCUGAAAGCUAAGAAACUAGAAAGCAAAUUUAAAAUGGAGUGUAUAGGUCUGAUUUAGUUUCAAAAAUCAAUGGAAACAAUGUCCAUGCUACUCCAACUAAUAUUGUGGACAAUAACCGUGGUCCACUGCUGCAAUCUCCUGUCAUGUAACUUUUCUGCAGUUAACUGAGAUAUUUGUAGUUUAGGAGCAGUCUGUUGGUGGUCUGCUCAGGCUACCAUCAGUGCUGAUCUAGCUGACCCUAGUGCGAUAUCUUUGCAAUACUAGCAUAGUACUGGGCUUUAUAGUGAUGUGUUGGCAUAGCUGUUGGAUCUCCUGCCCUUAGUAGUUCCAUGCUGGCUCAUUACAUUUUAAUAGCUGGUUACUAAUGAGUUUUUACUCACCAGUGCCAGGCUGCUGCUGAUCAAGAUGCAUUGGCCCAGAGCUCCAUGUUCACUUCUUGAUGCACAUGUGGAACUCCUGCAUAAGCAAGCUUCCAGUAGUCAUAUCACGUGUGAAAUUCACUCCUUGGAACUGAAUCAGGAAAUCUUUGUAUACAUUGGCUCUUCCACACCUUCAAAGAGAACAUUGGAUCUAUAUUUGUAUUUGAACAGAGUAAGUGGCAUGACAUGUUAGAAGAGAGGAAAGCAACUUGUAUUCCUACUAGUAACUUCGCUUUUAGUGUUCAGUACAGAUUGCUUGGAAGCCAGGUGUUAUAAAUGCUACAACAUGAACCAGUAAUAAGAUGACUGGAAAAGAAUAAAGAAUCAAAAAUACAACAAGCUGUUCUCACAGCUGCAGAACAGCACAUGCAGCAGGCUUUUGAGGGCCUUAAUAGCACUGACAGGGAUGAAAAAUGUUCCUUUUUGAACUCAUAGCUAGAUUUUGAGCAAAUGAUUUUGGGCAAAGCAAGUUGUUAAACUCCUCCAAACCCUUAUUGACAGGGUGGAGUUUAACUUCUGAUGUUUAUUCCUACCACUUUAUUCCUUACUUCUCAGGUUCCCCCGCUCCUCUGGUCAUUUGGACUUAGAACUGAAUUUCAUAGAAGCAGUUGCUGCUUGGAUUUGUAGGGUUUUUAAGUUUCUGUCCCUUAAGAAAUUAUUGUUACAAUCCUGUUCUCUACUUCUCUUAUGAAAUCUCAGCAUGGUGGAGAAAGAUUUAAAAUCAUUACUUGUUACUGUCAACUAUGCCCAUGAAUACUGCAAAAUUAAUGUUAAUUUCCUAUAAGCUUUAGGAUGUGGUAGAUGCAGUGGUAUUGCUUGCUUCUAGCACAGAUGUUGCUCAUGCUAAUAUCUAUUUGGCACAGAUCAAAGUCAUACGAAUGUGCUAACUUGUAGUGAUUCUCAGCUGAUCUCUGAUCAAUGAUGUAACUGAUAGAGUGAGAAGGCAGGAAAAUAUGGCCCUAUCCUAUGGUUUCAUCUCUGUCUGAAUUACAAGAGAUAGAGAGAUUUUCAUCCAGUUGUUUGACUUUAUGUGAAAUAACUGUAUUUCAUUUUCUGUUUUGCAUUUGUAGGGAAGUUACUGUUUUAACUGUUAACAUUACAGUCCUUGAUUCCAUGUGCAUGUUAAUUUCCUCUCGUCUUACAAGUUACCCUGAACACUAAAAGAGAAAGAUUUCAAUAAACUGCUGAUCUCCAUUAAAGGAAAAACAAACAAACCCUAGCUCUCAUUGCCGGUUUUCUCCACCAACUCUUUUUGAAGAAGGCUAUUCUACAGUGGGCUGGAUCCAAAGAACCACGAACAGAAGGAAAAUAGGCAGUAGUGGAUUUUCACCAAGGUUUAUACAAGAGUUCAUGCAGUGCUCAAAAAGUUCUGUAAUAAAAGUUCUCAAACUUUGGCUUACGUCAGAAGUUGCACAAGUAGAACAUCAUCUUUGGAUUUGGUUUCCCUUUAUCAUGCAAUGCUCUAAUGUGAGAUGUAAAACAGCCCUUACAGGAUGUGAGGUUAACACAAAGAAAGUGCUUAGAAAAUGAGUUUCAUGGCAGCCCCCCAAGGACUUUAUAAUCUUGAUGUUUUUCCCCCAGGCAGUAACAUCCAGUGCUUGGUUUAAAAGUUCUCUGUAAAACAUAUUGUAGUUUUGGGGUGUUUUGUUAGGACACUUGUAAAGAGAGAACCCUAAGAUCAAAACGUGUAUGGUCAGAGUUUGGGGCUAUAAUCACACUUUUUGCCCAAUUUGGGCGUCAAGAGAUUUCAAAAUGACUGGAAAAGAUCUGCUAUGUGUUGAAAUAAUUUGUGGGAUCAUCAUGGGAAAGAUGCAGAAUAGUGCAAAAUUUGUAUAUUGUAGGGAUUAAAGUUUGUUUUUCAGAAUUUGUUUUUCAGAAGGAAAAAAUAGCUCCUAAAAUCCCCAGUGGUUAAUCUUUAAAUUUAGUAUUAUAUGCGAACCCACCCCCCACAUUUAGCCUCUAUCAGAAACUAUGCAACAGUCAGACAAAACACUAUUGAGGCAUAUGUGCUAGGGCAAAACAUCACACUUGCACACCACUUUUGUAUAUAUGUGUGGUAUCUAUGUGGCAACAUUCUCACAUCACUUACAUAUUUGCAUAUGCUCAGUUUUCACUUGUGUGAAGUAUGAAUUGACAUUUCAGAAUAAUUUCUUCAAGAAUAAUGACAGCAAAUUCUUUCAUAGGAAAAUGUCAUGUUUUCCUUAUUUGACAGCAUUAAAGAAAAUUGGUAUACACAAAGCUAAUGCAAACAAAAUUAACGUGUCCAGCUGUCUAACAGGGUAGAUUAUCAAUGCUUCAGUGAGAUUAUAUUAUCCAGGGAAACUGGAGGAAUAAAUUAUACAAGGAAACAGUAUCCUUGUAAUUCAGAUAACUGUUUACUUCAGUGUUCUCCAUUGUGCAGACCCCGGUGGUGCCCCCUGACCUGCCUCUCCACUCCCUCAUCCCCGCUGACAGGGCGCACAUCAUCCCGCACACCUCCUGAGUGGUGGCAGGAGGUAUUAUGCACAUUAUGCACCCUCUCUUGUUUACUUUUCCAUUAUGAUCCCACAAAUUACUUCAAUCAGUUGUGGAUCUGUUCCAGUCUUGGGGGACUCUGGGGAACAGUGACUAGAUUAAAAAAUUGUUUCUAGGCUGUUCCUUUUAAAUGUGUCCCAGCAAAAAACCGCAGGUAAUUUAACAAAAGAACUUUAGACGCAAGGACCAUGGGACUAUUGCCUCUAAAACUGCAGAGAUGUAGUCCCCAGGCUAUGAGCCUGUAAUGGGUGUCAACACAGCCUCUUCUGUAAGUGGAAAACUUUUUCCAUGACCAGAAGUGCAUCUUUGAAUCCAACCCAUAGUCUUUAGAGAAACAAGAGAAAAAUAUAUUUUGCCAUUUCAAAUGCUCUGUUUUCUUGGCAACAGUUGCAUUAAUUGAAGAAUAAGUUCCAUAGAUUCCAGGAAAACAGAUGUUUUGAAACAGAGGCUGGAUGGCUACCUGUGAGAGAUGAUGUAGCACAGAGUUCAACAACCUAUGGCACAUGUGCCAAAACUAGCACAUGGAAUUAUUUUGAGUGGCACUCCCACUGCUGGUUGAAUUAACAACACUCCGUUCCAGGCAUAGUUUUCAGGGGCUGCAUGCUAGAAAUCUAGGCAACCCUCUACAAAAACCCACUGAUCCUGUGAGGGGUUGCCCCACUCACCCCCAUUUCCAGGAUAUGACCCUUGAAAAUCAUCCCCAGAGCCAAGUUGGAGAGAAUGUCUCCCUGACUCAGCUAUGGGGGUAGUUUAGAGGAGCUGCAUGCUGGAAAUCAGGGGCAGGGGGAAGAAGGGCAGCCCAUCCAAGAGGCAGAGUGGUUAGAGUCUAAACGUAUUACUAACACACUAAACCUUAAAAUUAGAAUGAAUAAAUGAAGACUUGUCACUCUAGUCUACUUCUGUAAGAUUGCUGACCCCUGCUGUAACUGAUUCCUGCAAGGAGUAGAAGAUUUCAAAGUUCCCUUCCAGCUCUAAAAUUCUGCGAUUCUAUAAUGUUAUGCAGUACUGCAGGCUAUGAUAGAAUUUAUUUCCUUUUUUUUUUUAUUUUACAUUUUUUAUCCCGCUCUUCCUCCAAGGAGCCCAGAGCAGUGUAAUACAUACUUAUGUUUCUCUUCACAACAACCCUGUGAAGUAGGUUAGGCUGAGAGAGAAGUGACUGGCCCAGAGUCACCCAGCUAGUAUCAUGGCUGAAUGGGGAUUUGAACUCAGGUCUCCCUGGUCCUAGUCCAGCACUCUAACCACUAUACCACGCUGGGUCUCUAUUUGACAUUGAUAUCAUUGUAAACUCUACCUGAAAGGAAAGGUAGCUAACCAACUAAUUCAGUUGAAAUGACUUUCUCAAAAUUCAGAUAUGAAACUAAAGUGCUAAAACAUUUGACUUGCACAGAGGUUUAGUUUGCAGAAAUAAUACUUUGGAUUCUAAUGUUAAUGAUGGGGAUUUUUUUCCCCCUGUGUUAUCAACCAAGAUCAUCUAUGUGAGUUGAUUUAACUGUAAGGUUUCCACUUUGUACAUUAACUGUAAGAAGCAGCAAAUGCUUUUUAGAACUUCCAGGCUUAACUUCCUUGCAACUGAGCAAUGGUUGUGUUUGUGUGUGGUUAUUCUUUUUACCUGGGAAUCUUUAUCUCUACUGACAUGGAUGAUAGGGCUGGGUAAGUCCAUCUGGCAGAGCUCUUUCUCGGGUCUUGGUGUUAAAAGGUCUCAGAAAAAUUGCCUAAUGCUCAGUAGUUGGUCGUCCUUUGGGUCCAUUUAGAUUAAUAGUCUCUUCAUUGACAUCAGUAUGUAUAUAGACUUAACUUUCAUAAUGCACUAAAAAUCUGUAGGUCUGAAAGUGAAUUUGAGCUUGACAGCCUGGUACACAGCAAUGCCUUUUUGGGAAUAAAAAGGUGCACCUAAAAGUAAGCUCAGUUUACCAGCAGCCUUGCAUUUGAAAAGAAACUCUUUAAAAAUGAAGCACCUUUAGGCAAGGAGCCAUGUUCCCUAGAGGUCCCUUGUGGUUGUGUGUGUGUGUGUGUGUGUGUGUGUGUGUGUGUGUGUGGUGAAAAGAAGGUUGCAAUGUCAAACAACUUGUAAGAUAAUAUUUGUGGAAAACACUUUGUAAAUAUAGAAUUGAAGUAUUUGCUUUUAGAAAUAGAACAAUUGUUGAUUUAUUAAAAAGAAAAACCUAUUGGCCUGGAACAAAACGAAGCAAACUUUGGGUUGCCAGGUCAGUUGGGAGAUGAGAUGGCCAGCACUGCUUCUGCCUGGUUUUCCACUGGGUUUGCUGCCUGCUCCUUUCCAGGUCUGCUGUGAAGCAUACUUGGGGUCCUGCUCAUUACAAUAGGGGCUGGGUCAGAUGAGAGGACCAUAGGAAAACCAGGCAGGAGAAGCCACAGCGGUUUCUGUACUCACAGAAGUGAGGCUCCUAAAGGUAAAAGGGAAGAACCUCUGGGUUAACCUGGCAACCCAAUACAAAACAUCUUGAAGAUGGGGCUUUGCUGUUGUACAUCAAAUUCAGAGGGCAUUUAAAAGAAAUGAAACCCAGGCUGCUUUCUGUAUUGCAUCUAAAUAUUUUGCAAUUGCUGCUAAUGUAAAUGUACAUGAAUAUAUACAAAUAUUGCCAAGAAUUGUUAUAAUAGACUCUCACGCCAACCUUUUUUAUACUGUAUUUAUAUUGUAAAAUGUAUUCUGCAACCAGCCUAAAUAUUUUAGUUUCAUACUUGUAUUGUUUUUAUAGACACAGUUUGUCAUACAAAGCGGGGUGGGUGGGGGGAGUGCCUUUGGUGUUUUUAAACAGCCUAGCAUAUUGACUUGGGCAAUUGAAAACAAAGCCUUAAAAAGCAAGUUGCCUCUUAUCUGUUGUGCUCUACUGAUUAAUUUUUCACCAAACAUUGUGUAGCAGAAACAUACUAAUGUGCUUAAUUCAUUUCAAACAAAGACAUUCAUGGAUGAUAGAAUUAAGCUUAUUUGUACAUCUUUAAUACCGCAUCACUAAAUAUUGACUUUAAAAAGUCAAUGUGCUUGGAGCAAAUAUUUCAAAGUAUCUUGUAGGGGAUUUCACUCAGAAAUGACACUGUUACAAGGGAGCUUCCACUCGGCCAACACAUUCAUCCCCUUUUGCUGGGGUUGCAAUGUUCAUAUUUUUGAUUAUGAAUUUGUAUGUAAAAUUAAGGUAACAGAGCAUCAGUGAUAUGUGCAAAUUAGCAUUCUCUAAGGUCUAGCAUUCACAAUACACACUGCUUAAUUUUUAAUACCAUUGAAUUGAAGUUCUUUCAUCACAAGCAAAGGAGUUGUUAAAAUCACUGGAUGGCAUCCUGAUUAGGUGUUUCAUUGGCAUAACUCUUGUGAACAUGAGUGUUGCAUGCACUCUCACAAGGGAUCCUUACACAAAUGAGAGGGGUCCUUGUGUGAAAGCAACACUCCUUCCAUUCAUCGAAGGAGUUAUACGAUGGAGCCCUUUGUUUAGCCCACUGUUCAGAGUAUAGCAUUCAGCUUAUAAAGGGAUUUCCUGAAAAUAUACUUUUUCUUAUAAACAUCCAUCCACAUACCACUGUUUUGAAGUUAUUGGCUUUACCUGUAAAGUUAACUCUCUGCAUUUGUACUAUAGAUGUUGAUUUGGUUUUGUAAUUAAAACCUUGGAAAAAUG